AGAUCGGUCUCAUAGUCACUCCGCUCUUCGCAUUAUACCAAUCAUAGUUUGAGGUUACAUUUGUUACUUGAGUUACGAAUUGUUAUAUAUUUAUUGAAAAUGAUUCGAAUGUCUAGAAAAUCAGUACAUAUAUUUGGCAGAAUUUUCAAACAAAUAGUUAUUGAUGAAAACAGCUGCCGAGCAAUUGUUAAAAUACCUUAUAACUUCACAAGAAACAUUGAAUUUUCUACUGAACCUAAAAGUAAAUCACCUCUUGGAAAUCUGAUAGCAAAAGAUGUAGCAGAAAAAGUUAAGGAUUCAUCUGAAGAAGAAUCCAAGCAGCAAAGAGAAAAGGCAUGGAAAAAUAUGAAACUAACUUUAACAAUUUUUGGGGUAUCUAUCACCUGUUUGGGUGGCUACCUCAUAUUAACAUUGGGCAGCCCCGAAAAAGACUUAGAAGGUAAUCUUCUGAAGGACGACCUAGCAGACAAAAAUAUUAUCCUUCAAUAUAUAAUCAGAACCUAUCGAGGAUUAGAUUAUUACAAAAAACUAAUUAGAGAACCUUCAAGAGAAAAGUUGUUACCAGACCCCUUAGAUUACCCGUAUUUACAACCAAAAUAUACUCUAGUUUUAGAGUUAACAGAUGUGCUUGUGCACCCUGAUUGGACUUAUAAUACAGGAUGGAGAUUCAAGAAAAGGCCAUUAUUGGAUUACUUUUUAGAAUCACUACAUGGAUCAUAUGAAAUUGUAAUUUACACAGCUGAACAAGGGAUGACGGUGUUUCCACUUAUUGAUGCAAUUGAUCCAAAAAAUAUAAUAGCUUAUAAGUUAGUAAGAGAUGCAACUCAUUUCACUGAGGGGAAUCAUGUCAAAAGUUUGAACAACCUAAACAGGGACUUAUCAAAAGUUAUUUGUGUGGACUGGAAUGCAAAAAAUGUCAAAUUCAACCCAGAAAACUUGCUGCAUGUGAAAAAGUGGGAUGGAAAUGACAAUGAUACUGCUUUAAUAGAUUUAGCAGCGUUGCUCAAAGCUAUCGUUGAUAACGAUAUCGAAGAUGUGAGAGAGGUGCUGAAAUAUUAUAGUAAAUACGAUGAUCCGGUGGCAGAAUUUAGAGAAAAACAGAAGAGGCUUCUUGAAGACCUUGAAGCGCAAGCAGCUGCAAAAAGAGAACAUGAAACUUCCAAAGCUUCUAAUUGGACACCAAAUAUUUUUAGUAGAAAGUCAUUUUAAAGUGUUGGAUUU